AUGUCUGCUGUCUCCCGCACCGUCUCUCGCGCCUCCACCGCCAUCCCGAACGUCAAGCCCAGUCGUGUUCGUAAUUCUCCUCUGCGCGCGCCUCGCGCUCUGGAUCCCAAGAUCACGAAUCGAGUGUACACCGCUCGUGCCAUUGCCGAUUCCGGUGGGCGCUUUGGCACCGUGGGCACGCUGGAGAAGGAGCCGUUCGAGCUCAAGAUGGCCCCGCCUCCCUCCAUGGGCGGUACAGUCAAGGGCCAGGACCCCGAGCAGCUCUUCGCUAUGGCCUACGCGGCCUGCUUCUCGAACGCCAUCCAGCAAAUCGCCUCUUACCAAGGCAAACUCGACAUCGCGCGCAACACGAAGACGCGCGCCGACGUUCUGCUCGGCCAUGCUGGUCCUAAUCGUGGCGGCUUCGACGUCGAAGUUGUCAUUGCUAUCGAGGGCUGCGACGAUGACGCUCUCAUCGCCGCUGCUCAUGAGCGAUGCCCUUACUCGCGACUCGUUCGCAGCGGCGCCGUCCGUAUCUUGAAGGCCUAA